CCUGAUCUAGGACAAUCAUUUCCGGCUCCAGUGUCCCACGUGAGUGUUGCAUCGGCAGCGCCUGAGGCCUCUUUGCAAAAUCGGAGGGCACAGAUCCGGUACUUGCCUUUACAGAAGAAUCUGACAGAGGAGGAAGGCGAUUCAGUGGUCCUUGUGGAGGAUGUUCAGAGAGGAAGGGAGGAUGAGGGGAGAGCCAGAAUCAGUUGGUCGAGAAGCAAGAAAAGACUCUGAUGGCACCAAGGCUGGAAGCAAAAGGGAACUGUGGGAAGGCACCAUGCAGAACAGCCUGGAAACAGAUUUUCCCCCUUCGGAUAUGCAGUGCCAGCAAUUCAGGCACUUCCGCUAUGAGGAAGUAGAAGGGCCCCGAGAGGCUUGCAGCCGACUGCACCAUCUUUGCCGCCUGUGGUUGAAGCCAGAAAGGUACAGCAAGAAGCAGAUGCUGGACCUGGUGAUCCUAGAGCAGUUCCUGGCCGUCCUGCCCCCGGAGGUAGAGAGCUGGGUCAGGGAAUGCAGACCGGAGACCAGUUCCCAGGCAGUGGCCCUGGCAGAAGGCUUCCUCCUGAGCCAGGCAGAUGCCAAGAAUCAGGUUCAGCAGAUGCUGGAAAACAUCACGCAGGAGCUUUACCAGGGAGCAGCUUUUCCGGGCGAGGCCUUCAAACCAAUGGUGUAUUCCUUAUCAUCUCUUUCCAUCAGAGAGAAAGCAGAUUCUGUAUGGUCAGAUGGGGUGACCUUUGCAGAGGUGUCUGUUCAUUUUACUGAGGAGGAGUGGGCUCUACUGGAUCUGAACCAAAGAAGGCUUUACAGGGAAGUCAUGGAGGACAAUUGUCAGACUGUGGCCUCUCUGGGAGGACUUCCCAGACCUGACUGUAUUUCCAUGCUGCAAGGAAAUGGAAAUCUAUCUUUCCAGGAACCAAGAGGAAGAGAGAGAUCAGCAGAGACUCAUGGUCCCCAUAAAAAGCCUGAGAAAGAGCCAGAACAGCUCCCAUUGGAAAGGGAACAGCAGAGAAGAGGCAAUGGAAGAUGGAAAAGGGGGAAUGAAUCAUCUCCUUCUCAAGUUGCUGAAUCUCAGGACAUCCUACCGUACAGUAUAAGAAUCACUUCCCAUAGGAAUGUCCACACAGAAGAGAAUCCAUAUAAAUGCAUGGAGUGUGGAAAGAGGUUUGCUCAGAGUGGAAACCUUAAUAUCCAUCAACGUAUCCAUACAGGGGAGAAACCGUAUAAAUGUGUGGACUGUGGAAAGAGGUUUGCUAGGAGUUCAGCACUUACUGUCCAUAGACGCAUCCACACAGGGGAGAAACCAUAUGAAUGUAUGGACUGUGGAAAAAGUUUUGCUACGAGUUCAGAACUUACUGUCCAUCGAGGUGUCCACACGGGGGAGAAACCGUAUAAAUGUGUGGACUGUGGAAAGAGCUUUGCUAAGAGUGUACGUCUUACUGUCCAUCAAUACAUCCACACAGGAAAGAAACCAUAUGAAUGUGGGGACUGUGGAAAGAGCUUUUCUCAGAAUACAGAUCUUACUGUCCAUCGACGUAUCCAUACUGGGGAGAAACCAUAUAAAUGUGCGGACUGUGGAAAGAGCUUUGCUCAGAGUUCAGUACUUACUGUCCAUCAACGUACCCACUUAGAGGAGAAACCGUAUAAAUGUGUGGACUGUGGAAAGAGCUUUGUUAGGAAAGGAGCCCUUACUAUUCAUCAACGCAUCCACACAGGGGAGAAACCUUAUGUAUGUGUGGACUGUGGAAAGAGCUUUGCUCAGAGUACAGAGCUUACUGUCCAUCGACGUAUCCAUACCGGGGAGAAACCAUAUAAAUGUGCAGACUGUGGAAAGAGCUUUGCUCAGCGUGCUCAGUUUACUGUCCAUCGACGUAUCCAUACCGGGGAGAAACCCUAUAAAUGUGUGGAUUGUGGAAAGAACUUUGCUGUCUUUUCCGGACUUACUGCCCAUCGACGCAUCCACACAGGGGAGAAACCAUAUGAAUGUGUGUACUGUGGAAAGAGCUUUCCUCACAGUACAAAUCUUACUGUUCAUCGACGUAUCCAUACCAGAUAGAAACCCUAUAAAUGUGUGGACUGUGAAAAGAGCUUUGCUAAGAGUGAAUGCCUUACUGCCUGUUGAUGCAUCCACACAGGGAAGAAACUAUAUGAUUGUACAGACUGUUGAAAGACCUUUGCUCAGUGUGGACAUCUUAAUACCCAUAAGUGUAUCCAUACCAGGGAGAAUGUGCAGAGUGUGGAAAGAGCUUUGCUCAGUGUGCGCAGUUUACUGUUCAUUGACAUAUCCGUACCAGAGAGAAACCCUAUAAAUGUGUGGACUGUGGAAAAUACUUUGCUUUCUUGUCCAGAUUUACUGCCCAUCGACUCAUCCACACACAGGAGAAACCACAUGAAUGUGCGAACUGUGGAAAGAGCUUCCCUCAGAGUUCACAGCUUAUUGUCUAUCGACAUAUCCAUACCAGGGAGAAACCCUAUAAAUGUGUGGACUACGGUAAGAACUUUGCUCACAGUUCCAGUCUUCCUUUCCAUUGAUGUAUCCAUACCAGGGAGAAACCCUAUAAAUGUGUGGAUUGUGGAAAGAGCUUUGCUAAGAGUGCAGGCCUUACUGUCCAUUGACACAUCCACAUAGGGAAGAAAACACAUGAAUGUGCAGAAUGUGGAAAGAGCUAUGCUCAGAAUAUAGAGCAUCAAUGUAUCUGUACUGUCAGGGUGGCCCGUGCCAUAAUUUGGGGGAUUGGGCUAUAGACCUGAUCUUUGAUGCCAUGUUUUUAGAGUGCUAUAGGAGCCUGUGUAGUAAACCUGCCUGAGAAACCUUACAUGUUGCUGUGAGAAGCAGUCAGAAGGAAUGUGGUUAUCAGGUGUCCAUAGCGUUGCUAUGGAGAUGCAGCCAGUUGGUCAGAGAAAGACACAACAAGCCUGUUUACUUCUACUUUGUCUGCUUUCACUGCAUAGAUGGGAAAUUAGAAAUUAGAGCUUGGGUACGAGGGAAGGAAGUAGAGUGGGUUGUGCUUGAAGGGUUUAAUGCUUAGCCGGGGGAGGGGACAGGCAUUCCGGUCAAGAAAAGUCUAUGGUGCUGUACUUAGAUUAUUAUUAAAGCUUUAAUUCAUGCAUCCUUGGACUCGUGCACUAAAGUUACUUGAGAUCUAAGUUGGAAGUCCGUGACACGUACUGGGAAGAAAUCCUAUAAGUGUGUGGAAGGGAGAAAGAACUUUUCUCACAGUUCCAGACUUACUACCCAUCGACACAUCCACACAGAGGAGAAACCAUAUAAAAGUGUGAACUGUGGAAAGAGUUUUGCUAAGAGUGGAGAACCUUACUAUCCUUCAACACAUCCACUCACAGAAGAAACCAUAUGAAUGUGUGAGCUGUGGAAAGAGCUUUCCUGACAGUGCACAGCUUACGGUCCAUCAGUGUAUGCAUAAUCCAUAUUGGGGACAACACUAUAAAUGUGUGGACUUUGGAACGAGCUUUGUUCAGAGUAGACACUUAAUAUCCCUCAGUGUAUUUGUAAAGUUUUGUCAAGUUACUCUCAAAGACUUCACAGCAUGAGUCCAGGAACUGCAUGAGUUAAAGCAUUUUAUUUUCCUAUUUCCCUAUUACAAUCCUUGUCAGGAAUGGUGUUUCUCUAUCAACACACAAUAUAUAUAGUAUUCUAAGCCCAGCCCAGCCCCACCCCUGUUCAGCAUACAGUUAGCUAAGUUUAAUGAAUGAAAAGCAAAGUACAGCAGAGAAGGCAAUUGAGAGAUUUUAAGACCUGCUUCCCAGGUGAAGGAUAAUUCGCAGGCUGAGAGAUAACAGCAGGCUGGCCCAUUCCAAGCUGAGAACAGCGUCUAGCAUCAGACCUACACAGUCCCAGCAAAGUGCUUCUAACAUCAGAGAUCAGCACCCAAAUUAUACAGAGGUCAUGCAGAGUAGUAGUACAGUAUGGCAGGAGACAUUCUGCCCGCCCAAAGUUUCACACACACACACACACACACACACACCUGAGCUUAUCCAGGUACUUCUUAUGAACAGCUUUAACUAAUUUGUCAGCAUGAAUAUCAGUGGUCUUAACCCAUUCUGCCUGGCUUUUGGCAAAAUGCUUCCAUUGAAUCAAAUAAAACAAUAUGCCCCUUUUCCACUUGGAAUCCAGUAUUUGUUCUACUUCAUGGUCAGGUUGGCCCCCAAUCAUGAUAGGAGGUGCGGCAACCAGUUCUGGGUGCCACUCGUCAGGCCCAGAAUCCCUUUUGAGUAAACUAAAAUGGAACGCAGGAUGUUCAUGUUUCAAGUUCCUGGGUAGGUUACGUUCAACAGUGGCAUCAUUUAUCCCACAAAUUACUUUGGAAGGACUCAGAUACUUCCAGCCCAGUUUUUUACUUGGUUGCUCCCCUCUGAGGUUCUUAGUCUUUCUCUGAUUUUGUCUGAAGACUAAUUAAUGAACAUUCUUGGGGUUUAAAUGCUUCUGCCUAAAUAACUCUGCUGUUACUCUGCUGUGUUACUAUAAAAGGUUUCACAUAACUAUAGUUUCAAACCAAGAAACCUAAAUAUAAUUCCAAUAGGGUUAUGGAAACCUAAACACAAAUCUAAUAUAAAACUUGCAAUAGAAAACACCCAUGCGUUGAAGAAAUCACAGAAGGGUUCAGUCUGCCGGAAAAUAUUUCAUUAACAAAUUCCAAUUUACAAACCAUCAGAGACUACACAGGGGAGGGCAAAGCCUGUAAGUGUUAUGUCGUUGGAAAAAUUUUCAACUUGAUCUCCUUCCUAAUUGGACACUGCUCCUUACCAUGAGCCCCCACAAGGGAGAGAAGCAGCACAAAUGCCCAGCUGGUGAGGAAAGUUUCAGCUAGAAAAUCUUAAUAGUGACCAGGGAAUCCACACUGAAGGGAAAUCGCAGACAUGCACAGACUGUGUGAAUUGCACUUAAUUAUUGGUGAGAAAAAAUGCCUUCCUUUGAAAGGAAUGCCUCUUCUUUCUCUUCUCCUUUUCUUUACACUUUCAUUGUUUUACUGCCAUGUCCAUACAAAAAAAGAUUAUCAAAAGCCAGUCAAAAAUCACAAUCUACAUUGCAUACAUACUUAUUUCACCUAUGGAACAAUUUUUUUCCAUACUGUUAGUUACUAUAGUCACAAUUCAGAAGAUUCAUAUUAAUUCACAUAGAGAUUAAAUAACAAAUCCUAAAGUCACACCAGAGUGAGUUAAAACAAUGUUGCUCAGUUGUAUAAAUCAACUGUUAAUUGCAGCUUCCCAUGCUAGCAAUCUAAAUAAGUUUUCCAGUUUGUGAAGAAACAUUUUUGAAGGUCUAAUACCUUAUAUCCUGUUAUGUGUUUUAUUUCCUCUAUAAUUUUAUACCAGAAAUUCUUUACUAUUGAGCAUAGCAACCACAUGUUUAAAAUAGGUUCCUUGUAACUGUGACCAAAGUUUGUUAAUAUAUUUUUUAGCUGAUGUAGUCUUCUUUUGGAGUCUCUAAAGUUUCUCAAUUGAAAAUAUAGAAACCACUUUUUCUUGGUUAAAUUUCUCAAUCAGAACAAUUCCCAUCAAGUAAUACAUCUAACAAUCUUUUAUCAAGGAGUCAUUCUUUUGAAAUUCAUGUGAUCUAUGAAAAAUUGUAGAGGUGAAAUUAAUGAAAACAUAAAUUCUAUUCCAGGUAUACUACACCCUCCACCUAAAAAUUAUGCAUCAGUAGCAUGUGUGGUAGAUAAUCUUUUACAGUUAUUUUUAAAUGUUGUGAAUACUAAAGACAAUGUUGUAAAGGAAUUCUACAGCUUUCUUGUUUGAUUUUAUACCAUGGCAUGAUUUUUUUCUGUGUGCAGCCAUUUAUAAAUGCUUUUCAAAACUGUGGUUUUAAAGAUAUUGGGACAUGCCAAACCACUUUGCAUUUUCUCUUGUAGGAUCCCUGUAGAUAAUCUAGGUUUUUUAAUAUGCCCCUAUAAAUGUCAUUAGAGCUGCAUGCCAAGAUCUAAUAAUUAAUUGAGCCAAUUUGAUGGCAGAUUUUCAAACUGGAAAAGUAGCUUUGGAAUGACCAUCAUUUUUACUAUAUUGAUUCUCCCAGUUACAGUUAGAUGAGUCCAACUGUCCCUUUUGACCUGAAGUACAGAAAAGGAAGGCAAGAAGCCUUCAAACUGCUUUUUAUCAAAAUUAUCUGAACAAGACUAGCCAAAACACAACCUACUAGGAAACCGUAAUUCUUUUUGGACUUUUGCCUUAUGGACUUCUGACAGAUUUAUAUUAGACUGAUUCAUUUGUCAACUCUUUAGUUCUUUGUUCACUAUUUUAAACUAUAUUUAUAUUCUAUGUAGCAAUUUAGUGCAAUUUUAUAGCUAUCAUUAAUGGUAUUGUCAUCUUUAUUAUUUGCAUAUAGUUAUUAUUUUUAUUAGUGGGCUCCAGGUGGUUUCACUGGAUGUUUUUUCCACCCAUACAUUAUACCCUCCUGUACUUUGUACUAGUUGACAACCACAUGCUCAACUGUCGACCAGCAUCUGUUGACCAUACCAAAUCAAUUUGGUGAUUUCUUCUAGUUUAGCUUCAGAAUUCUCAUCAACCCCAAUCAUCUCUGACUUGUCUUUAUUCAAUGUAUAUCUUGAUAACUGGCCAUGACUCUCAAUGCACUGUAAGCCAAUAGGUACAGUAUUAACUGGAUUUGCUAAAGUUUAUAAAAUAUCGUUAGUGCAGAGGCAAAUUUUAAACUCAUUAUGGGCUGUGGUUAAUCCUUUAACCACUGACUUAUUCCUGCUAAAGGUUCUGUGUACAUUGCAAACAACAGCGCUGAAAGAGGACAUACUGGUCUUGUACCACGGGCUUUAAUGGGUUUUGCAAAUAUACUACUAAGAUACUCUUGCACUAUUCUAAAUGGCUUUGACUAUGUUCCAGAAAGUUUUAUCUACAUUAUGCAUCAGUAGCAUAUGUUCUGUCUCCUUUCUUGUAAUAUCAUCUGUGUAUUAAAGUUUGUAAAACAAUUUCAACUUUCUGUUGAAAAAAAUGGCUUGAUAUUUUGUACUAUUAACAUUGUAACAGCGUUUAACCUUU